AUGCGUAUCUUUCUGGCUCUUGUGGCCAGCCUUCUUGCAAUGCCAGCAAGGAGCAAAUACAUUGUUCCUGGAGGAAGAUGGCAGGACACGAAUGGAUCAUUUAUUAAUGCCCACGGAGCUGGAAUUACGUUCGACUCCAGAUCAGGCAAAUUUUGGUGGUUUGGUGAAUACAAAACCGAGGAGCAUCCAGAAGGUGGCGGUGUAUCGGUGUAUAGCUCAGAAGAUUUGAGCGUAUGGACUGCUGGUGGGCUGGCAUUGGCUCCGGUUGAGGGGCACCCAUAUAUCUCGUCCAGUAACAUUAUUCAGCGACCUAAAGUGGCCUACAGUGCUGAAACUGAUGACUAUCAUAUGUGGUGGCAUGCCGACAAUUCCACAUAUGGGCUUCUCCUGCAAGGUCACGCUGUAUCAUCGAAAAUAAACGGGCCAUACAAUUUUGUUGAUGCGACUGCACCCCUUGGAAAUUGGUCUCAAGAUUUUGGCCUAUUCACUGACUACAAAGAUCGCCGGUCCUAUGCCCUCUACUCAAAUGGAGACAGCGUAGAUGGCAGGGAUGUGUACAUUUCGAGCAUGAACGAGAAUCUCACAUCUCUCGAAGAGGUCGUGUAUCGAUUCCCAAAAUUCGAUCUCGAGGCGCCUACCAUCAUGCAGACGGAAAAAAGCUAUUGGGCACUGAUGAGUCACAAGACCGGAUACAGACCGAAUAAUGUGGUGGCAUUCCGUGCUGACUCACUGAGUGGGCCUUGGUCCCAGCCAUUCAUCAUCUCGCCUUUGAACACACGGACUUUCAACUCGCAGUCUGGGUUCACUCUACGGAUUGAGGGAAGUAAGAAAACAACUUACCUCUAUAUCGGGGACCAAUGGGAUUCAAACUCUGUGUGGGACAGUCGUUAUAUAUGGUUGCCGAUUCAGACAGAUGAAAAGGCCAAGACGUUGGAAUUAGAGUGGCAUGAUGUUUAUGACCUGGACGUGAAAACCGGAGAAUGGAAAGCUGUAAAGGGGACAACUUACACCGUGAAGAAUGCCAAGACCAAUGGUGAUGCAUAUAAGCAAGAGGCCAAUUUCGCCACGGACGGUGUAAUUCUUACAGGAAUAUAUGGCAACGACAGCACCGUCACAUUUGAGCAUAUCGAAGGAUCGGGAAAACCACAAUGGGUAUCCUUUUACUAUCAAAAUACCGAUGAUAUGGGAUUCGGAGAUCAACCUGGAGGUUCUCCGGACAGAAUUGGUGGCUCGUGGCAGCUUCGCCGGAUUAGCAGUGUGGUAGUCAACGGAGACGCGUCGACCAUACAAACUUUGUACCAAAGAGAUACACACAAGGGAAUUAUCCUGUCCACUCCACUGCAGCUGACUUUGAAGAAGGGAAAGAAAAACACUAUAACGAUUGGAGGCCUAUAUAAUGGAGUUGACCAUAAGGGUGCGGACUUGGAUCGGAUAGUUGUUUACCCUUCCGAAGUGUAA